AUUUAAGGCACUUCCGGUUGACACAGGAAGCUGAAAGUGAACACAUAUCCUCCUUGGGGUAGGCUCUUACAGAAUUAUGAGUUUUAAGUCUUUACAAUUAAGAACGGACUUAUUCACAGAGGGUUGAAUGAUUGAGUGUUAUUUCAGAAAAUCACAGAAAUCACAUAGAGUUCCGAAACCCACCAGUUUGUCUGAACUGGAUCUUUAUUUUAUUGAAUUUUUUUUAAACAUUUCUUUGAACAUCACCAAUUGUACAUUGUACGAAUUCUCUUAAAUUAUGAUAGAUAUAUGGCUGGUAAUUUUUUCCUUACACCGUAAGUUCAUGUACUUUGCGGUCAAAUUAGCGCUCUAUUUUCAUUUUUGACCUUUAAUCCCAGAAAAAUGGCCUUAACUCAAAAAGCGUUGAGGCCUCGACACCAUCUUGUUUCGGGGCUAACAGCCCAUUAGUCCAAACCUAUGCUCGCCAAGUUUCGUCUUUGAAGUCUUUUCGGUUUAGGAGAAAUGGCCAUGUCGUGAUUGGUGAUGUUUUGUAUAUUUGCAAUAAGAUUCCAUUUGCCAUCUGGUGGAAUUUACCGGGACAGCGGAAAAAUGACCAAAAUAUGAACAUUUUAUAAAACGGAAACCGAAUGUCCGAGAGACUUUGUUCAAUGACUUCCCGGAAGAUCUGGCCCCGGUGCACGGCCCACUGCCAUCGGCGAAUUUUACAAACAUUCGCGGACGUCUAGUAAGGGACCGUACAUUUGCAAUAUUGAGUUUCUCAUCGAUCAUAGAGCAAAUGCCGAAAAGUGCCCUUCAUGUAUGUAAAUUAGAUAUUUAUGUAUUUCAUUUUCAAUAAAUGUGCAAACAUUUCUAAAAACAUGUUUUUACUUUGUCGUUAUGGGGUAUUGUGUGUGGAUGGUGUAACGCAACAAAAUGUGGAAUAAGUCAAGGGGUAUAAAUACUUUCUGACUGCAAUGUAUAUUUCUUUCUGCCAUGUCUUGCCCUUUAUGAGAUCCUUCAUCCAUAUAUUCAGUAUAGAGGCCAGCCAUAGUGACUGUGAGGCUUAAUCCUAAUCCAUUUGUGGCUUGUUGUUUUGAUUAAGUGGUCACGGGGCUUGGCUGAGAAGACACUUGGCGAUAUUAACUACCAGCCUAUAGCCAUGGACUGGACUAGAGAGAGCUAUACUACACCUGGAGCAUGACUGAGGCCAUGUGUGUACCAACCUAGAGGUACCACCCAUCAUCCCAAAAACAACUGGAACAAGUUGUCUUCUGUUUGAAUAAAUAUGUCUGAAAAAUCCUUCAAACAUCCCUUUAUCUUCCCUCAACGUGUUCUGGAGGCUGACAGGACAGUAAAGAGUUAGAAAAAUAAGGUCUUUGCUGCUGAUGUGCUAAAAUACUGAGGGAGAGACCUCAUCGUGGAGAGGCAACCUGGCCAGGUAAGAUGGGUCUUGCAAUUGUGGUGCAGUUUUCUAGUGUGAUGAGGGGAUUUGACUGCUUGAAAUAGAGAAGAUUGUUGUAAAAUAUGAUCAUUAUAGGCUUUGUUGGUUGACUAUAAUGUCAAGCUAAUCUUGCCAGGCCCAUUAUAUAUUUUCAAAUAUUAAUCAAUCACAGAACAGUUAAUUAAAUGCACAUUUGAAUAAUGGAAAUAGUGCUUGUAAAUUUCUUCAAUGAAAAAAUGCAUAUUUUUUAUAUAUAUUUUUUAAUAUAAAUACAAUUGUACCUCACACAAGGUCAUGGGAUGUGGCUUUGCAAAAUCAGACCAGCUGAAGAAACGCGACAGAGAAAGUAAAUGCUUUUUCUCAUGUAUUAUCACCUCUUUAAACAAUUAAACCAUUAUAAACCAGUUUGGAUUAGCCUAGAGAGAAAUUAACUCAUCUUCUCUGUCUUGUUUUUCUGUUAAUUAUAGCCAGCCUCUUAGUCCCAGGUAAAGUCUUACAAUUCAAUAUUUGGUUAAUUCAACUUUGUUUUCAAAAUGAACAUCAAUGUUAUUAUCAUCAUCACAUACUGUGCAAGAUAACACUUGAUUAACUAAGAUUAACACUUGUACUUCUUUGGUUUAUGUGUCUUUGUUUCCUACAACGUGAUGUGAAGCUGCCACAGGUGAGUCAGUCAGUCUUCAGCUCGAGGACUAAAUCACCACAGAUCAUUAUGGGGUAUUGGAGGAUCUGAAUUUGUAAUCUAUGACUGAGUGUUCCAGUAGUUACCGUUAACAUUAUCAUCAGACAAGCUAAGAAUAGCUGUAGAAACUUUUCAGACAGGUAUCAGACACUCAGACAAGCUACAAAUAGCUGUAAUACUGCUUUAAAAAAAACUGAAGUAAAACAACUAAAGAUACAGUGGGUCCCAUAAUGAUAACUAGCUACAUUUGCACGGUAAACCUGUGUGUUCUUUUGGUAAUGGGAUUGCGAUAGCAAUGAGAGGGUUAUGACUUCAAGUCCCACAGGGAUCACAUACUGUAAGUGCCUAUGUGUUGUAAUAUGCUCUCUCCCGACACUACUCAUUCCCCCAGCAAUGAGGGCAGCUCUCCUGAUCCAACGUUGGUACCGUCAGUACGUGGCACGGCUGGAGAUGAGACGCAGGUGCACCUGGAACAUCUUCCAGUCCAUCGAGUACGCAGGAGAGCAGGAUCAGAUCAAGCUCUACAACUUCUUUGGCUACCUCAUGGAUCACUUCACUCCAGCCAGCAGUGAGCGGAACCUGAUCUCACACAUCUUCCGUGAGAACAACAUCUGCCAUAAUGUAGAUUGGGAGAGGUACUUCUGCUACAAGAGCAUUGAGGUACCAGAGCUGUACUCUGGUCCCCACCUCUCUUUCCCCAUAACAUGUUCCAAUGCAGCUGAGCUGGUGGAGGCCUUCAAGAACAAACAACAGCUCCAUUCUCGCUAUGUCCUUCAGCUCCUUGGGGAGACCUGGAGGCUGCUGAGGAUCCUCCCCAACAUCAGUCAGAUCUCCACCUGCCACAACAAGGAGAUCACCAUCUGUGGAGACUUACAUGGGCAUCUUGAGGAUCUUUUGUUGGUCUUCUACAAGAAUGGUUUACCAUCGUCUGAGAAGCCGUAUGUCUUCAAUGGAGACUUUGUGGAUCGAGGAAAAGAUUCCCUGGAGAUCCUCCUCAUCCUGUUUUCCUUUCUCCUGGUCUAUCCUAAUGAUGUCCAUCUGAACAGAGGCAACCACGAGGACCAUAUCGUUAACCUAAGAUAUGGCUUCACCAAAGAGGUACUUGGAAAAUACAGGCUUCAUGGCAAGAAGAUUCUAAAGCUUCUCCAGAAGAUCUUUAGCUGGUUGCCCCUGGCGACAGUAAUUGACCACAAGGUGUUGGUUCUGCACGGCGGUAUCUCAGACACCACGGACCUUCACCUCAUAUCCAGGGUGGACAGACACAAAUAUGUUUCAGCUCUCCGGCCUCCCAAGAGGAAGAGGCAAAACAGGUCAGGUAUGACCGACUCCGAUCUAGAAGACGAUGACCCAACCGCCAAGUCUGUGGACAGCAGCAGGCGCCGGGUCCACUCCCUGACCCACAGCAGCAGCACAGGGACCAGGCAUGAGGUCCAGCGUCGCUCCCUGCAGGGCCUGAACAACAGGGUGACCUGCUCUGUAGAAGAGGAGCUGAAGGAGAGACGCAGGCAGGCCGGACUUAGCCAGUCCUACGGAGACCUCCGUAACUCCCUGACUAACUCUGACUCUGACCCAGACCCAGACUCUGGAGAGCUGCUGGAGUCGUACGGGGACGAGUGGAAACAGAUUGUAGACAUGCUAUGGAGUGACCCCAUGCCCCAGGAUGGCUGUGUUCCCAAUGAGGUGCGAGGUGGAGGAUGUUACUGGGGUCCUGAUGUGACAGAAGAGGUCCUGCGACGUCACAACCUCACGCUGCUCAUACGCUCACAUGAGUGCAAGCAAGAGGGCUACGAGUUCUGCCACAACCGCAGGGUCCUAACCAUAUUUUCUGCAUCUAACUACUAUGAGGUGGGAAGCAACAGAGGAGCGUACAUCAGGAUGGGUCCUGACCUGGUGCCUCACUUCAUCCAGUACCAGGCCAACAGGGCUACUAGGGCGCUCACACUGAGACAAAGUGUUGGGCGGACUGAGCGUUCAGCUCUCAGGGCUUUGAGGGAAAAGCUGUUUGCACAUAAGUCAGACCUUAUCAGUUCCUUUCAAGAAUACGACCCGGAAAAUACAGGGCUGAUCUCUCUGGGCCACUGGGCCGGUGCCAUGGAGGCUGUGUUGAGGCUGGGUCUACCCUGGAGGGUGCUGCGGUCUCAGCUAGUGGGAGACACUCUGGAUGGCAUGCUGGACUAUCAUCUCUGGUUCAGAGAACUGGCCAUCACCGAGCCCAACACAGAGCUCUCGAAUGCCAGUCUGCUUGAGACCAUGUAUAAGCACCACUCCAACCUAGAGACCAUCUUCAGGAUCAUAGACACAGACAACUCAGGUCUGAUAUCGUUUGAAGAGUUCCGUCAGACGUGGAAGCUGCUUAGCUCCCAUCUGCAGACAGAGAUCAGUGACGAGGCCAUCAGUGACCUGGCCGUCUCCAUCGACUUCAACAAAGACGGCAGCAUAGACAUCAACGAGUUCAUGGAGGCCUUCCGGCUAGUGGGAGGAGACCUACUGCAGAAUGAAGGUGACCCCCACUGACACACAUCUUCAACAGGAAAUAUAUUGCUACAAACUGGAAUCUAUUAAUUGCAAUCAAUGGUCAACAGUACCAUAGGAGGGCUUCCAGACGACCUACUGCAACAAGGGAGAUGACCCACUGAUAAAGCACUUCAAGAGGAAAUACAGUAUAUUACUACCAACUGGAAUCUACCCAUUCAAAUCAAUGGUCUAGCCCUGGAGGGGUCAACAGUAUGAUCGGACGAGGGCUUUCAGCAACCUGCUGCCACAUGAACAGUAGUCUUGCUUGCCAGCCUCAUGGUGCUCCAUCAUGCUGUGGGGGUGGGGACUACAUGAAUGCUAGUGAAAAGGGAGGGGGAUGAACCUCUUGAGUUUAUUUUUCUCUGAUACCCACUUCUAGAGAAAAUAUACUAGAAACUGGGAAUCUACUUAUUCCAAUCAAUGGACCCAUUUCCAGCAUCUCCAAAAGGACAGAUAUUGAGAGCCAAUGAGAAAAGAUGCAACAUCAUCAGAAAAAAGGACAAUAUUGAAAAGAUUUUGGGGCAUACUUGAUUAUUCAUACAGGCCUCUCUCAAUAGGUGACCAUAAUAAUAUUAUGACCUAAGGAAAUAUUGAUUCUAUAGAUGAAAACUAUACAGCCAUUGGCUAGUCAUUGUGUAAGUGAGAGACCCAGACAGAACACAGGAUAUGGAUUUGCAAAGUAUUCGUUUUAGAAAUGGUGCCUAUGCUUGUGUAACAGAUUAAGAAUGUACCGGAUAAACUCACCCACAGACUAAAAUGUUGCCAAUGGUGCCAUUGAAUCAGAUCCUUUUCAGUGUAACAACUGGUUUGUAUGUUGUCAAGCGGGCAUUCAUGGGAGACAGUGGACCCUGGUUCAAGCCCAGUCAGAGGCAGAUUGAGGGAGGAAACAAAGCUGCUAAGCUAGCACUGACACCGGUUACACUUGGGUAAGAAAGAGAUCCAAACACAGGAGUCAUGUUGAAAAAGGCUUCUCAAUGACAUUUUAUUAAACCAUGUUGGGCUUGUGUAUAAUUCUUAUUCCAUCAUAUAAAAUAUUACUAAAGCAAUAAUAAAAGGCGUAUUUAUUUACAAUGUGUUGAAUAUCGC